AUGGUCGCUUCGAGCAGUAGGAAAGACGGCCUUGAGCCGCAGUACCCAGAAUCGACAUACUCUGGAGCAUUGAACGGUGCUACAACCAUUGUUAGCAUGGAUGACACCAAGAAAAACGGCGUCAAUGGACAUUUCUAUGACGGAAAAAUCGAACAGGAAGAAGUGGGUUCACUUCAGAAUGGAUCAAUCGAGGAACACGAAGCAGGUAGCUCGACUCUGGGAGUCAACGAGGGGGGAAACGCUUUUAUGCGGUUUCUUCGUACCUUUAAGAUGGCCAAGCCUGGCGAAGUGGAGCUGGUAAACGAGGAAAAUGCAAUGAAGCAGAGACAUUUGAUCAUGGUCGCCGUAGGAGGCAAUGUAGGUACAGGAUUGUUCGUCGCAACUGGAAAAUCAUUGAAGAAUGCAGGUCCCGCGAGUUUGUUGAUUGCGUACAUCAUUAUGGGCUCCGUAGCUAUUGGUGUCGUCGUCGCCUUGGCCGAAAUGUGCUGUAUGUUCCCCAAACAAAGCUCCAUCGUUCGGUACACUAGUCGGUUUGUGAACAGAAACAUCGCUUUCGCCGAGUCAUGGUUGUAUUACUUUAUUUGGAUGGCCGUGCUGCCUAGUGAGGUGUCGGCCGGUGCAAUGAUUGUCAACUUCUGGAACCAGAACGUUCCUGUUGCUGUAUGGAUUACCAUUUUCCUUCUCUUCAUUCUUGUCAUCCAGGGUUUCGGAGCACGCGGCUAUGGUGAAGCAGAAUUCAUCAGUGCCUUCCUCAAGGUGCUGAUUAUGCUGAUUUUCUUCGUUGUCGCCAUCGUGAUUGACUGUGGAGGUGCCCCUAAUAGCACUGGUUACCUGGGUGCUCAUUACUGGCAUGAUCCCGGUGCAUUCCGCAACGGCUUCAAGGGUUUCUGCUCUGUGUUUGUGGCCUGUGCUUACUCGCUGUCCGGUACAGAGAAUGUGGGUACAGCCGCAGGCAAUACGGCCAAUCCCCAAAAAGCCAUCCCCAAGGCUGUUACGCAAGUCUUCCUCCGUACCUUGUUCUUCUAUGUCAUCAUCAUCUUCCUCCUCACUCUUGUUGUUCCGUACAACGCACCCAAUUUGGGCGAUUAUGGUACCGGCCAUUCGAGUGCGAGUCCGUUCAUUCUUGCCAUCAAGCUCGCUGGUAUCCGCGGACUGCCUCACAUUUUCAAUGCCAUCACCCUGGUUGCCGUUCUGUCUGUCGGUAACAUGUCCGUAUUUGCUGCUUCACGUUCCAUGAUUGCACUCACGGAGGAGGGUUGGGCGCCCAAGUGUUUGGCUCGUCUUGACCAGAAAGGUCGCCCUCUUUUCUGUUUUGCCCUUUCUUUCGCCUUUUCCGCCGUUGCAUACGUCAACGUUUCCGAAAGGGCAAGCAAGUGUUUGACUGGCUUUCAUAUCCGCAUGCGCUGGGCCAUGCGUACGCAAGGUUACGGAGACAGCAUUUUGCCUUACCAGUUCCCUGGCUCUAUUUACCUCAGUAUCUGGGCCAUGAUCAUCAACUUCCUCGCCUCUGCCGCUGUCAUUUAUGUUGGCCUGUUCCCCGUGACCCAUGCCAAGCCUUCGGCCAAAAACUUUUUCCUUGAGACACUGGGUCUUGUUGUGUUCUCCGCCUUUUUGCUUCUUAGUUUCUGUCUCAUGCGUCCCAAAAUCUCUCCCCUUAACGAGAUUGAUCUCGUCACGGAACGUUACGACCAGGGUGAAAACUGCGGAAGCUGCUGA